AUGGACGCUUUCAGGCUGCUGUACGCUUCCCAUGUCAGACCAAGUCUUGAGUAUGGUGGUGCGGCGACAUACCCCUGCACGGCCGGUGAGCUGGAUAAGUUGGAGCGUCCGUUAUUGAUUUACGAGGGACCAGCUAUGAAGGUCGUCCACAGACUACUGGUCUGUUCCCAAUUGCGUAUCGACGCCUCAUGGGAGAUCUCAUCUGCCUGA